AGCGCUUCCGCAAUAUACUGCGAUUAUUUCCGGUUCCGGUUUAAAGUUUUUUCGGGAAAUGCGUCAAUCAUGAAAAAUCUAUAUUCUACUUCAUUGUUUACUUAUUUGACAUGGUUUAUAACUUUUUCACUUACAAGAUGUUCCAUUUCAGAGGUAUGUAGUCAGUGUUCAUCAGUUCCUAAGGCGGACAGUUUUCUUGUACAAUUCUGUAACAAUUCUACAGGACAUCUUGAAAAGUCAUGUUGUGUAAAUACUCCAGUUGCCUUUCAAAAUAAAACAAUUAUUGGAGUUGAUAUGAGUAGCUGUGGACUGAAAAAUGUAAAUGGGUUAUUCAAUGACCUUAAAGAUCUUGAAGUUAUAAUGCUAGAAAAUAAUACAGACUUACAGAUUGGAGAAGAUGAUUUUAAUGGUCUUACAAAAUUAGAUUAUUUAUCACUACCAGAAACUUCCCAGUGUCCAGGAGGAAACAAAUCCUGGACAUCUAUAGAGAAGCACAACAAUACAGUAAUUUGCCUUGGAGAGAUUAAUUUAUGUCAGCAUAAUAAUGUGACUUGCCAGAAUAAUAACAGUCAUUGUGUACUUACUGGACCUGGUGAGAUGGAAUGUUUGUGUAUAUCUGGUUACCAUGGAUAUAAAUGUCUUAGAAAGGGUACUUUUCCUGGUGUAAGUUACACAGUAACAAUUUGUGUAUCUACCGUGGUUAUAUCCGGAUUUCUAUGGUGUACACAGAGAAGGAAGGUGAAGAGGAAAUCACAUACAUAUUGAUACAGAUCUUGAUAAUAAAUGUGUACAGACAAUGCAACUAUGACAUUCCUAUGCAAUACAUUAUUCAUUCACUGUUUGUUAAAAGAGAUUAAAAUUUUGAAUUGUAGCCUAGAACCAUGGAAACAUGGAGGACAUGAACCGCUUUGUAAUAUUUUUAAUUUAAGACUUUAGCAAAAUGAAAAAGCUGAUAUUUAAAUUGCCCAUAUAUGCAUUUGUUAUUAUGCUACGUAAAUGUUUUCAGUUGAAAAUUAUACAGUAGCUAGUAUGCCCUUCCUUUCAUUACAUUUACUUCGUAUUUCUUUGUAUUUCUUAUACCACCAUUGUUUAUACAAAAAUAUAUUUUGAAUGAUGGUACUUUACAAAGUUUCCUGCCUUUGGGUCUGAUUUAAGAUCAGUUCGUUCAGUAUCAAGUUCACUAAGGCUUAAAAUAGAUUUUCUAGUAUUUCCUCAUAGUAAGGGCUAAAGCCAUGUUAUUAGCUUUUAUAUAGCUACAUCAGGGGGCAUUUAUUCAAAAUUAUCAAUAUUGUUUUUGUACAUAACCCAUUGCUAGUAUGUAAGUUUUGCAAUUAAACGGCUUCAUAGGACUUUGAUUAUGAUUUUAAAAAAUCUGAGAUACUGAUAUGUGAUAAAUUAUGUGAUAAAUGAUCUUUAAAAACAUAUGUGUAUAUCAGUUUUUGGUGGUGAUCAUUUUUAGGACUAGGGCAUAAGACUUUCAGGGGGAAAAGGAACUUAAAAAAGUUUGAAUUAUGUCAUUAAAUUGAACAAUACUUUAAAGUAAUGCCAAGUUAUAGAAAAAUAUGUACUGACUGAAUAGUUCACACGGUAGACUGUGAUCAGAUGACAGGAAUGUGCAGUCUGAUUUUAAAUUGCACUGGUUGUAUGGAUAGACUCUGUUCCCACUUGAAUGCUCAGGGUUAAUGUUUCUCCACACUUAAGAGUGCUUGAUUUGUUUAAAACUUUAAUACGUUACAAAAACGAAAAAGGACACUUUUAAUUAAUACUUGCUUUUGAUUAAUAAAUGUUCAGUGGAAAUUAUUUUUGAACAAUUUAUUUUUGAAAACACAUAUUUAAAAAAAAAAGAAAAAGAAAUACUUGUGAAGAUCAGGAGGGUUAAGUAUGCAUAUAAUGUAAUAAUAUGCCACUGUUUUGCAGAUUAAUAGAUUUAUUUAAUGUGAAAACCACCAAAGUAUAACCAAACCAAACUGAGUGAUCUGUAUUUUUCCUUAAUAGAAAUUGUGCAAUAUUGAUACCACUCAUCAUACAGAUGACUUCUAUAGCUUAUUAUUCUGUUGUUUUUGUUUUCUUUUCUACAGAUAUUUAUUUUUUGCAAAUAAUUUGAUCAAUCAUUGUAUGUGUAGGCAUAACACCAUAUCUUCAAUUCUUGUGUUAGAUGAUUAUAAUGUUACUAUUCAAAUUAUUAUGUGUGUGCAUAUGUUGCGUAAAGGUCAAUUAUUUCUUGAUAUAUACAUGUAUUUAUUUAAUUUGAUUUUACCGUUUAUUUUUGCUGACCAAAGUGAAUGAUAACCUAAUAAAUUUGAAUGUUUUUUAUUGUGUGUGUAGAAAAACAGUUAGAUCAUACCGUUACUUUAUGUAACACUAAUGAUUUCUAAAGAUGACUUUAAAUUGACUCCAUUGAGGUCUUUUGACAAGACAGGACUGGAAAUAAUUUUGUGAGAUAAAUGUUCCACUUGAUAUAGGUCUAGGUAAAUACUUUUGUGCAAAAUUUCAGAUCAUUGGCUCACUCAGUUUUUCCAGGAUAAUUAUUCAAACUUUGAAAAAUGACCAAGAAUUUUACAAUGCAUUUCACUGAAAUCAAGCUAAGAAAAGCAUAAAAGAGAUUUUCAAUUUAUUUCUGAGGAUAUUUCUCAAUUAUCUUUUGCAUACUUUUCUCUUUUUAGCUCGACUUUUCUAUGAAAAGGGGAGCUAUCCUACUCGCCCCGGCGUCGGCGUCGGCGUUGGCGUCACACCUUGGUUAAGUUUUUCGUACCACCCCACUUUAUUUCAGAAGUAUUACAAGUAUGGCUUUGAAACUUACCAUACUUGUUCACCAUCAUAACCUCCAUCUACAGACAAGAGUACAUAACUCUGUCAAGGUUUUUGACAGAAUUAUGGCCCUUUUUUGACUUAGAAAGUGUAUUGAGCUUGGUUAAGUUUUUUGUACCACCUCACUUUAUUUCAAAACCAUUGGAGGUAUUGCUUUGAAACUGACCAUACUUGUUUACCAUCACGACCUUCAUCAACAGACAAGAGGACAUAACUCUGUCAAGGUUUUUGACAGAAUUAUGCCCCUUUUUGACUUAGAAAAUACAUUGAAUAUGGGUAAAAUCCACUUAUUGCCUUAACCCUUUGAGAUAUUGCUUUGAAACUUUUAAUGCUAUUUCACAUCAUUACCCCCAUCUGUACGCAAGAGAAGGUAACUGAACUGUUUGAGAUAUUAAUUUGAAAGUUGGAAUACUUGUUUACAAUCAUGAUUCCCAAACAUGUCCAGGAGAAGGUAAUUCUGUCAAAGAUUUUAUUUGAAUUAUGGCCCUUAACUGUCAAUGUUUUGUAUUAUAGGCAAGCACUAAAAAACUUAAAAAAUCUAAAAAAAUUCAUUCCUAUCCACUUGUUCACUUUACCAUAAAUUAUGUCAUAUAAACAUUGCUGUAAUAUUCAAGGGUAUCAAACAACUAGUUAUUUUUCUCUUUUUGUACUUGAAAUUAAAAUCAGUUUUUUUUUCUUUCUUACCAGCCCUCUUUUGACUUAAACAUUUCAAACUUUGCUGCAGUGUUCAAGGGUAUCACACAAUUCAGUAAAAUAAUUCUUCACUAAAUAUCUUAAUGCUCAUGGCCAUUGUUCACUUUAAAAAUACAGAGAUUCUUGUAUUGCCUUUUACUGCAAAAACUUUUUUUAUUGGCAAGCAAUAAAAAAGUCGAGCGCGCUGUCUUACGGACAGCUCUUGUUUUAAGUGCCCUGUUACUUUAUGUAUGAAAUUUAAGUUUAUGUUUUUAAACCUUAGGAGCUCAUUUGAGUUCCUUUAAUAAUUAUUACAUAAUUCAGUUAAUUUAUAUAAAUUACAUGUACCUGGAUUCCAGACUUCCUCACAGUCUGAUAAUGCUUGGCCAGGACACAGAUUAAUCACGAAAACAAGGUUUUUAACAGGUAGUGAAAAUAGAUUGGGCGAGUAAUUUCUUUUUCUAAUUUUUCAACAAUCUGUGGCUUUCUGAAGGGGAAAAUAUAGCGCAUGAAAUCAGAAAAGGGAAAAUUAACUUCAAACAACUGAGAAUGAAAUUUUAUAAAAUUUUCAAUUUCAGUUCAAUUUUACAUGCAUGGUUCAUAGCAGAGGCUAUCUAAGCUGUCUUCUAGCUUUCGUGAAGCAUGUGCACAGGGCAUUUUAGGGGAAAAUAUACCUAUUUUAGGGUAGGGAAACAGCCUUUAUUCGGCUGUAAAAUUUUCUUCACAGUUGAGAUUAAACAGAUAUAGAUUGUUUUUAAACCAAAAUAUCAAACAUGUUUCACAGGUUGUUUUUGUAAUCUUUAAUUUAAUCUAUUUUAGAUGUCAUUUCCAAUGUGUAUUUUAUGUGAAUUGUUUCAGUCCCAAGAAAAUUGACAAAUAUCCUUUGAACGUAAAUUAAGUUGAAUGAUUUUGUUUAAUAAUCAUUUAUAUGUUGUCAUUGAUAUAUGAAAAUUGUAAAAAUUCUUUUUUAAAUGUACAUACAUUUAUUUUAUUAUGGAUUUUGUGAUUAUGUAUUUGAAAAUAAAAGAAAACAUGUAUUCUUGUAAA